AUGUCUGGAAGAGGUGCAUCGCAGCGAGGAAGACCAAGAAAUGUCAAAAACUUGAGGGGGAGUGAAGAAGAAAGGAACAAGAUUCUCAAUAUCGAAGAAACUCCUCGAAGAAUCAUUAGAAACACUCGAUUUGGAGAAAGAGGAACAAAACGGCCAAUUCAAACCUUCAAACAAGAAGAUACAUUUGUUAAUCCACGCAUUUCUACUAUUCAAAAGAAAACAAAAAUGCCUCAUCCUCGCAAUUAUUUGAAAAAAGAAAAUGUUAGUUAUCAAGAUGUAGACAUGAGUAGCAACUCCGCUUACCAACCAUAUGACAUCGAUAACACUUUUGAAACAGUCGGUGAAAAGAAUUAUGCAAUCAUGAAUUCUGUCAAUUUUGCACAACAAACACCACUUGGAAACUUUAACAACUACAGCCAAUUGGAACCAGAAUAUCAAUACGAGAUGCAAGAGACAGGAGCAUUGGAUGAGGAAGAAAUGGAUUUUAAUUUCGAUCAUACAAAAAUGCUGGAGAAAGCUGUUCAAGAACAAAGUGUGUUAAACAUCGGAAAGGCAGCACGACAAGGCAUUUCAAAAGGAACUAUCAGUGAAGUUCAACUUGAAGAAUUCUGUAGAAAUACUCGUCGUCCAAACAUCCCAUUAUUCGGAUUUUUUCAAGAAUCAGAAAAUAGUACUUCAGAUGAACAAGCUUCGUUGAGAAUGGGUCAGAUGAUGAUUAUGAAAAUGUCAACUACAGAUGUUCGUAAAAUUGAAAGCGUACAAGCGUCACUAAAUUCGCUUUCAGCGAAUUUCGCUAAACACACAAAAGUUGGAUAUAUCAAGCAACAAAAGAUGUCUCGCGAAUACGAAACCCCAGGUGUAGAAGGAUUCAAAGGAAUCAACCUAUCCCGUCUGUAUAAUACAUCAACACUUAUUGGAAAUGAUGCUCUGACUCAAUUAACAAACUUUUAUCAGAAAGUUUUCAAAAUGUUUUUCCACCCAUCAUACACCAUCUGGACAUACAGCUUCCGUCCAGCUACCGUCAGACUGACAGAUAAACAUUUCCGUGAAUUCCCUCUACAAAUUUCAGACACAUUAACAGAGUUCGGUCUCGAUAUUGCUGGCUUGCAUCUUCCUCAAGAACUUCUCGAUGGAGAUAUCAGUGCGAACCAUCCAUUUUUGCAAAGUCUCCUCAUUGAAGACCCUGUCACGGAAAUCAAAAGAAGAAGAAGAGAACGUGAAAAAGCUAUUUUCACUGCUGUUUGUGCUAUCGGAAGAACCCUAAAAAAUCUUCGUGCAUAUCAUUUCGACAUCGAGAAAAGCUGCCUCAUAAACUGUCCAAACGGGAAAAAUUGCAAAGAUCACUUAAUGUGGGAGCAGCUAAAGACAGUUCGCCUUCAAAAUAGAAACAACGGAGUGAGCACAAACGAAGCCGAUCCUCGAGAAAUCCUUUCCAAAUUCGCUUCAAUGAAAAAUCCGUCUAGCACUUCUCCAGUUGCCAGUUCAAGCUCAUCUACAGUUGCCCACAAACAUUAA